AUGAACUUUCUCAAAUCUGCCGUGGCCUCGGCCAUCGCGCAAGGCCCUCCCUUUCCAUACAAUUUUGGCGACAAGGUUGAUAUCGAUGAGUCCAUCUGGACCCUGUAUAAUGGUACCAGGAGGGAAGAUGGUUCAAACUGCAGCAUCUUUUCCUUUGAUAUCACCACCAACCGAUCCCAACUCCCCCUAGCCAAGAAUGCCCUAAAGAAGCUCCGAACACUACGGCACCCAGGCGUGAUCAAACUUCUAGAUGCGGUCGAGACGGAGACGUAUAUCUACAUUGCGACCGAACGAGUAGUACCCCUACGAUGGCACGUUCGAAGAAAGAGUCUCAGCCCUGAGACGAUAAAAUGGGGCUUGCAUAGCGUUGCGCGCACCAUAAAAUUCAUCAACGAAGACGCUUCCUCGAUCCACGGCAACAUCAAAGUUGGAUCGAUAUAUACUUCGGAGAGUGGCGAGUGGAAGCUCGGCGGCUUUGAUGUUCUCAGCAGCCUCAAGGACGAUGACUUGGUACCUGAUGCGGGUCGAUACUCUCCUCCAGAGUUGGCACGAGGCGGAUGGGAUGUUAUCAAGAAGAAUCCCCAUACAGCAGUAGACGCAUUUAAUCUCGGAACAUUGAUCUUUGAAGUUUUCAACGGCGAUUACAAUGGAGCUGAUCAGGCUGGCCAAACGAAGAGCAUCCCCCCUUCAAUGCAGUCCAGUUAUAAGCGUCUGUGUAACGCGAACCCGAAGGCCCGAAUCAGUGUGGGAGCUUUCCUUGAUCAAGGCAACCGAAAUGGCUCUUUUUUUGACAGUUCUCUCAUUAAGCUGACCGAGGGUAUCGAUAAUCUGGACAUCAAGACGCCAGAUGAACGAGAAGAGUUCCUUAGUGGACUGGACGAACUGAGCGAUGACUUUCCAGAAGAGUUCUUCAAGCUAAAGGUUAUGCCGGAGCUGAUGAAGUCAGCUGAAUUCGGUGGUGGUGGCCCUAGGGCUGUAUCCGUAGUUCUCAAAAUCGCAUCUAAACUUCCCAAGGACGACUUCGAUUCAAAGAUUACACCCUUCAUCAUUCGCCUAUUCGGAAAUCCCGAUCGAGCUAUUCGAGUGUGCUUAUUGGAUAGCCUUCCUUUGAUGAUUGAUCAGCUAUCACAGAAGAUCGUCAACGACAAGAUCUUUCCACAAUUGAUCACUGGCUUCACUGACGUAACACCGGUGGUACGAGAACAAACAUUAAAGUCUGUUUUGGUCAUCAUCACUAAGCUCUCGGACCGCACGAUCAAUGGUGAUCUCCUCAAACAACUUGCAAGAACCGCAAAUGAUGAGCAACCGGGCAUUCGAACAAAUACAACUAUCUGCUUGGGAAAAAUUGCAAAGCACUUGGGUACUUCGUCCCGCUCAAAGGUUCUCAUUGCAGCCUUCACUAGAUCACUCAGGGAUCCAUUUGUACAUGCCCGGAAUGCUUCCUUAAUGGCCUUGGGUGCCACUGCGGAGUACUUCACUGAUGAGGAUAGCGCAUGCAGGAUCUUGCCCGUUAUCUCUCCUGUCUUGAUUGAUAAGGAGAAGAUUGUUCGCGACUCUGCUACUCGUACUAUGGAUAUAUACCUCCAAAAGAUCAAAAAGGCAGCUUCUGCCAUGCCUGAAAGCGUUUUGCCUCCUCCUCAGACGAAUGAUGGCUCAGCUCCACGGAUGAGCACCCCACAGCCAAACGAAAACACCCCAGGUGGCUGGGCAGGCUGGGCAAUCUCUUCCUUUACGAACAAAAUCUCUGCGGCUGCAGGCGAAAUUCACGCCGAAUCAGACUCCCGUGCUGCUUCACCUGGACCCACGCCCUCACCCAGCUCCGAGCCAAAGAAGCCGGCAACGAGCACCGCCUCGUCACUUCACCGCCAAGCAGUCAAAUCUCCUCCAGCAACACUCUCGCGAAACUCUUCACAUACCGCAAGUGUGGUAGCCGACUCAUUUUUACCUGCCGACGAUGGUGACGAUGCUGGAGACUCAUGGGGAGAUAUGAACGAUGACUUCGACAGUUUCGACUCUCCCGGCCAAUCCUCCAAACAGUCUACGACAACGACUGCAUCUGCUGCCGCUUUUGAUGAUGGCGAGCCUGACUUUGCUGGAUGGUUGGCUGCCCAAUCACAGAAAAAGCCCACCAAGGCUUUGCCAAAGGGUUUAUCAAAAUCAAGUGCAGCUAAGAAGCCCGCGGCUAAAUCGGCUACGAAGCCAAUUGCCGCGAAAAAGAUCGAUAUGAAGCCGAAGGAAACAGAUGACGAUGAUGGUUGGGGCGAUGGCUGGUAA